GAAAAGUGCGGGGCAUCGAUAGCCGGCUGAACGAAUGGGAGGACGAUAGUCGCGUCUCGAUAGUCGCCCCACUCCAUCGAUUCGCCGCCGUCCGGGGAUAUUUUCAGAAGAAAGACCCAUCCCGACUCCCCAUUCAGUCUGUGGAUCUCGACCGCCGUGCCGACACCCAAUGUUUCACGCUUAGCCGGCGCGGUACAGAAGAGAGAGCAGUAUCACCGGGCAUUCGGACCUCCUGUCGAUUAAGAAAAAAAGCCAACUUCUUUUUAUGCUCUAGACGAGCCCGGUUCAGAAUGAGGGCAGGAUUCAGCGACAUGGUCACAAACAGGAACUACUCCUACAUUUUUCACUUCGAGGAGGAGUUCAGCAACCAGGAGACCCGGGCGUGGAUGACCAAAAACUGGACCAUCAGUUUCUACAUCUCCGGCCUCUACAUGAUACUCAUCUUCGGCAUACAGUACUUCAUGCAGAGCAGGCGGCCUUUCAAGCUCGAAGGGCUCCUGUGCCUCUGGAACUCGUUGCUCGCCGCUUUCAGCAUCAUGGGCGCUUAUAGGACCGCACCGGAACUCCUCUACGUACUCAAAAACUACGGCUUAUACCAGUCCAUCUGCGUCCCGAGUUUCAUCGAGCAGGACCAAGUGGCCGGGGUGUGGACUUGGCUGUUCGUCCUUUCGAAGCUUCCAGAGCUCGGGGACACUAUAUUCAUCGUUCUGCGGAAAAAGCCGCUGAUAUUCCUCCACUGGUACCACCACAUAACCGUCCUCAUAUACGCCUGGUUUUCUUACACGGAGUACACGGCCUCCGCCAGAUGGUUCAUCGUCAUGAACUACUGCGUGCACUCCAUAAUGUAUACGUACUACGCGCUGCGUUCGAUGGGCUACAGUCCUCCCAAACGGUUCGCCAUGGUCAUCACCGGGUGCCAGCUGGCGCAGAUGGUCAUCGCGACGACCGUCAAUGUGUGGGCGGCCCAGUACAUCCAGCAGCGCCAGCCUUGUAACGUGACGUCUACGAACCUCAGGAUGUCGAUCACCAUGUAUCUGAGCUACUUCGUGCUCUUCGCGAGGUUCUUCUACAAGGCCUACAUGAGCCCGAGGAGCCACAGGAAAGGGGCUGUCAGCAUGACCGGUGGUUUCUCUAGCAACACAGCUGAUAAAAUCAAGUGCCAAUAAAAUGAAAUAAAUGGAAAAUUACGUGAAAGAAAUUCAUCCGCUUCAAUGAAUAAAGAUUCGUUUUGACCUCAGUGAGAAUAUUUGAAAUUGAUAAGUCUUAAAUUAUUAAACUUAAAUUUAGAAUGAUGCGAUAAAAACAUUUGGUGUAAACUCAGCUUAUUACAUUUUAUUCUUACGUAAGGAAUUGUUAAACGAACAACAUGUGUUGUUUAUAACAAACAAAUAUAUAAUAGCAUCGUCGAAUUUAGUAAAUGUGGAUCUUUAUCGUACUGAUUUAGCCCUAUAAAGGGAAGUUUUAUUAGUUAAAGAAAAGAAAAAAAAACAUUAAAAAACUUUGCAUUUCUUCUGCAUUUUAAAAAAAACCAAAACUACAUUCCAUAAGUUUUAUUUUUUUUAAAACAUUUUAUUAUCAAAAGUGAAAAUUCCUCUUAUAUUUUAUAAUAAGAAGUGCAAUAUAGCUUUUGGUGUUGUAUAGUCGAUCGUUUUGUAUUGGAACUUAACAUCCGGGCGGUAUCCGAUAUUCUAAAGUUUUACAUGACAAUGUAUAUGUAAAUAAUAUAUGGUAGAAGGAAAAAGUAACAAAUUCUCAAAAAAAAAAAAAAAAU